GUUAUCUUUUCAAUUUUGCACCUUCUCAUAUAAUUUCUGUUUCUCGUAUAAUUUCUUUCCCUUAUAAAUUCUGAAUUCUGCUAUCCCAACUUUCAAAAUUGUUCUCUUUUUUCACACCAGUAACUGUAGUUAAUUCUGAUUCUGAAACCUGGGUGUUUUCGAUAGUUCAUGGUAGCUUAAUCUGCAAAAGCGAUGACGGGUGUAGGGGGAUCGAAUCCUUAUUUCUUCUCACCAGCUUCAAGUUUAUCAGCUUUUGCGGCGCCAUUUAGUGUCAAUCCUUACUCUUCCCCCAACGUGGUGUUCACGGAUUCAGGGCCCUUAGAGGAUUCAAUAGUGGAUACAAUUGAAUCCGGAAGUGAAUCCGCAGAUACUACGCGUGCAAUUCACUAUCAACCUUACGGGUACGAUUUCUUUUCGAGCCCCGUUAGAGAAUUGGAUUCCUCUGCUCAGUUCCCUCAACUGGGUUUUCCCUCUUAUGCUGCAAGAUCAAGUCUUGUAGAAGCCCAACCGUACCCUGUGUCUUCUGCAAUUCAUGAUCACGCUUCUUCCGUGCCGCCUUAUCACUGGUCUUCUGUGACUUCCCCUUCGGAUUGGCCCUCUCUGGAGGAGGCUAACAACUUUCCUGAAUUAGGGUUUUCUGGUCAAAAAGGUGUUUGCUGGGAAAGGUUUCGCGACUUCAAUGGCAGUGUUAAAGGGAAACAGGUUGGAGUUGGGAGCAGCAGUCUCCCUUCAAAGGCUGUUUCUGGCUUGGUCGAAGAAAUAAUGCAUAAGAAACAAGCAAACCGAGAGGUGAAGGACUCUGUUAAUGGUGAGGUUUCAUAUAUUACUGAUCGGGAAAACUACAACGUGCCUGCAAUUUCACCUCCCUUACCUGAUACAUCUAGCUGGUGGGGCAGUCACAAAUCCACGCCGGUCGAAUUUCUAGGUGCAUCUGCUCUGCAGUCCCCUUCAAUGCCUGUAGAAACUCGUCAUGAGGCCCCUUUGAAAGCCGUUUCUGAUUCAGGGAACAAUCACAUGUCAAACAUUUUUUCAUAUGACAAACCCUCAAGACACAUUGAUAAUUCUUCAAAGGUUCAUACUGUUUAUUCAAUACCUAGAACAGGUUUGACUACAGAUCUGAAUAUUGAUCAUAUUAUAGAUCAACAUGUUGGGCACAGUAGUUUCUGUAAUACAAAGGAGGCUUCUGUCAGGCCCUGUCCUGGAAUCUCUGGUUGCUUCGACUCAAGUCAUAUCCGUUUGCAUCUUGGAAGAAAUGAGCCUUCCUCAUCAAACAAAGCAAUGGUUUCAGACAAGACUGUUUCGGGGGAUGAUUUUGAUUAUAUAUUUAGAGGGAGGACCGAAUAUCAAACCCCUCAUGCCAAUAUGAAUACUUUAGGCCUAAGACUUGGCACUAUGGAAGAUGUCAAUGUUGAGAAAUCUUUUGAGGGUGGCGACCGAUGCAACCCUGCUGAAGACUCACCUUGCUGGAAGGGAGCUUCAGCUGCUCACUUUUCUUAUUUUGAACCUUCUGCAGUCCUGCCUCAAGAAUAUGUGCACAAAAAAGAAAGCAGCUUCGGUUCCGUCAUUCAGGAGUCUCAGAAUUACCUGUUUAAUACAGAUAACAAUACAAAAAAGUCAGCUGAAAAUUCAAAUGGCUAUCAAGGAACAGGUUCUCCAAGGAAAUGUUCAGUAACAAAUUUUGCUUAUGACGAUUGUAAGUCAGGUAGUGCUGUGAAUGGUGGACCUUUUACAUUUAAACCUAACUGUGAUUUUGGGCUUCAAUUUAUGGAUAUUACCAAAAUGAAGGAAAAUAGUGUGCCAGCAGCCAAGGCAACCAAUUCUGAGUCUGGAUCUUCUCACAUGGAGUAUCAAGUUGCAGAGAAAAACAAAUUGAUGUCACAAAAACAGCACACAUCCUGCAUAGGUGAUGCAAAGGCUGGAUGCAAUUUGAAUAAAUUCUUGGAACGUGGUUCAUCUGACACUGUAGAGCAUGUAUUACCUUUGGAAGUACAUACCACUACUACACCUUCGGUAGUAAAUACCACUACUACACCUUCUUCAGUAAUAAAUACCAUUACUACACCGUCUUCAGUAGUAAAUACCACUACUGCGCCUUCAGUGGUAACUACCACUACCACACCUUCAGUAGUAAAUACCACCACUGCAACUUCUCCAGUAGUAAAUGCCACUACUACACUUUCUUCACCUUCUUUAGUUGUAAAUACUACAACUACACCUGUAAAUACAGCAGGGAGAGUAACAACUGAAAAAUUAAAUGUCCAAAUGCUGGUUAAUACUAUGCAAAAUUUAUCAGAAUUGCUCCUUUACCACUGCGAAAAUGAUGUCUGUGAAUUGAAAGAGAGAGAUUGCAAUGUCCUUAAACAUGUGAUCAGUAAUCUUAAUACUUGUGCUUUAAAGACUGCUGAACAAAUUGCCCCUGCACAGGAAUGUCUUCUCAAUCAGCCAGAAACGUUUAACUGUGCUAGAGAAUCGCAUGAGUUUCACCAGAAUGCAACUCUCAAGAGGCCACAAUUAACCAAGAUUGGACCAGAGAUCUCUAAGGUUGAGAAUCCACUUGUUGCGGAUGCAAACUUGAAUUCCAGGUCUGCCAAACCACCUUGGAAGCUUUCAAAUUCAAUUUCCUCAAGAAGGGGGGCUAGAGAAAUGACAAUGACUGAUGGCAUGACUAAGGAUCUAAAAAGGACUCUUGAUGAGAAUUUCCACGAUGAAGUAGCUGAUCCUCAGACAGCGUUAUAUAAGAAUCUGUGGCUUGAGGCUGAAGCUGAACUGUGUUCUGUCUAUUACAAGGCUCGCUAUAACCAAAUUAAGAUUGAAAUGGAUAAUCACUCUUACAAGGAAAGAGAGAUGGGAAACCAAUCAAAAUCUGAGGAAGUUCCGGCUUUGAGGCAAAAUCAGAGUUCUGAAACUAAAGCGCACAAUUAUCCAAACCGUGGUUCAACUGCCCUUAAUUUGUCUGUCUUGGAUUCUCCAAGUCUAGAGGGACUAUCUUGGUUGAAUUUUUUUACUGAUGUGAACAAGCCUAAUAAUGCAAUGACACCUGGAGGAAGUGGUGAUCAGAACCUGGAUAAAGCCAUUAAUAGUUAUAUUGUUUCAUCCUCAGAUGAGGAGGAGCCUGAAAGAAAUGAUGAAUCUUCUGUUAUGGCCAGAUACCAAGUUCUCAAAGCCCGGGUUGACCAGUCAUGCAUUGAUACUACCAAGACAGAGGAACCAUUAGACAUUGCAGACAAGUCAUCACCUAGAGGGAGUGAUAAUCAAAAUGCAGUCAAUUUUUGCCAAGACUCCCCUAGUCCUGAAAAAAAUAGUACUGAUUAUGAGGCAUCUGUUGUGGCUAGGUUUCAUAUUCUUAAAUCCCGGCUGGAAGGUUCAAGUUCUAUGUCUUUAGAAGGGAAACAAUUAGAUGGAGUUGGAUCUGCUGACAAUGAUAUGGAUGACACAACAGUUGCAAAAAAAUCUGAGGAUAAAAAUUUGGACGUCCAUGAAAAUCCUGCUAUGGUGCAUCCCGGCUCCUACAUUGCCAUGGACAAGUCAAUCCCAGAGGAGUUUCGACAUCCUAACUAUUUCUCUGAUGGCUACUCAACUGAUUGGGAACAUGUGGAGAAAAGCAUGUAGGCCGUAUUGAAACCGUGAAGAGUUUGGUUAUAUGGUGCAAUAAAUGUUUAUACUUAAGUUGAGAACACGACUGAAUAAUGUUUAUGGAUUAGAUUUUCUUGUUAUUUUUAUCAGACGUAUGUUACAGAAUUUGGUCUUAUCAGUCUUUGUUCUGUUUGUAUAUAACAAUGUCUGACUUUACGUUUAUCUAUUGUGUGUCUGCUCACUCGCACUUGUUUAUAAACAAGGGCAAGUAACUAAAAUAUCAAGUUGCCAAAUUGCUUCAAGUUAAUCAA